AGCGUUUUUUGAAAAGGUUUCUCACGUGUUUGAUGUUGACAUUUUCAAUUUAACACAAGUGUUUUUGAAGUGUUUUGGAAGUAUUGUAUAUUAAAAAGAGAUUUAAAAUUGAUCAAACAUCUUUGUCCGAUUGCAAGAUAUGGUACCACAUGCUAAAAAGUUGUAAAGAUAACACUUGAAGACAAUUAUUGUGGUUAAAAUAUCAAUUACUAAAUAAGUGAAAACACUUGCUGUUCAGGCAUCAUUCAAGUUGGCGACGUACACUGUAAACGAACCAGUUGGUAGACUAAGUAAAAUCAAAAUGAAAUGGUUAAGAGAGAAAGAUUUUUCUCUGACCUCUUUUAGCGAAAGUUUUAACGAGUUCGAAGGAAAGUCUCUUGCACAUUGUGAAGGGUAUCUGUAUAUACAAAGUCGAAGUUUAUGGAGAUUCCCGAACCAUUUAUGGAAGCGAAGGUAUUUUACGUUACGAAAUGAUGUCUUGUACUUUACCAAACAAAAAGGAGAUCUAAUUUUUGAAGAAUCAACAGACAAAAUCGAAAUUGAAGCUGACACAGGAAUUUACCCGGAAGAGAGUACCAAGGGAAGUAAAAAGUUUUUCAUUCGUAUCGCACAAGGUAAACAGAACUAUAUUUUAUGCUCAGCAGAUGAAAAUGAUCGAAAUACAUGGCUAGCUUCUUUACUGACUGUGAUAACAGAGAAAUAUGUUAUAAACUUUAAAGCAGGAUCCUAUAAAAGCAUAAGACUGAAUCACAAAGAGUCGAGAAGAAUUACGCAGCGUCAUUCAAGCUUUUUACCGAAAAGUUUAACAGAAAGUGACGUUUGCGUGCACGAGUUUUCCAGAAAAAACAAUAAUGGUACCUUAGUGUUGCAGAAAGCUGAGUCACUGUUUAACUUAAGUGGUUAUAAAGAAGGGGUUUACGAUGACAGAUCAAGUUUUGUGGCGUUGGUGUAGACAUUUGCUCGCUUUGGAUCGAACUUUAAGAUAUAGCUACCUUCUUGACCUUUUUGACUGUAAAAAUAGAAAGUGCACACUUCUUCAGCCAGAUAAACAAUAAAUUCAUCAACUUUUAAUUCUUAAUUUUAAAAAGUUAAAAAACAUAAAACAGGGUUUUCGCGCCAAAACUUAUAUAUGAACAUAAAAAGAAGGUCUUCGCGCCAAAAAUUUAAUUUAGAAAUAAAAGCAAUGUUUUCGCGUCAAAACUUAAGUUUAAACACAGAAGUACGGUUGACAUUCUUUGAUUUUCACAUUGUGAUAUUUUUCCUGUAUUAUAAAACUUAUAUAGCUGAAGUUAUUGUGUAGUGUAUAUUUAUAUAUAAAUUAUAUAUCGCAUUUGCAAAGUUAAAUAAAUAAACAUAUUGUUUGCAUGA